CAUGUCAUCAACAGGGUUACUUGCAGGGCGUUUAGCUUUAAUUACAGGUGGAGGAAGUGGUAUAGGUAAAUCUGUUUGUCAAGCUUUUGCUAAAGAAGGAGCUCGAGUAGUAUGUGUUGACAUUAAUAAAGAUGAUGCACUGAAAACUGUUGAAGAUUUACCUAAACCAGAGGUUCACAAAGCAUUUAAUGUAGAUGUUUCAUCAGGUAGUGAUGUUAAUAAUUUAUUAAAAGAUAUUGUAUCUACAUUCUCUAAGCCACCAUGUCUAGCUGUAAACUCUGCUGGUAUAACUAGAGAUACAUUCCUAUUAAAGAUGACAGAAAAGAUGUUUGAUGAAGUCAUUGAUGUUAAUUUGAAGGGAACAUUCUUAAUAAAUCAAGCUGUAGGAAGAUUGAUAGCUGAAAAUAAAAUAGAAAAUGGUUCUAUUAUUAAUAUAGCUAGUAUAAUUGGAAAGGCUGGCAAUAUUGGACAAGCCAAUUAUGCUGCCUCGAAAGCUGGUGUCAUUGGUUUAACAAAAACAGCAGCAAGGGAAUUUGCAAGAUUCGGAAUUCGUGUAAAUGUUGUACUGCCAGGUUUUAUUCAAACACAAAUGACUUCAGCAGUCCCUGAUAAAAUAGUACAACAAGUAGUCCUUCCACAAAUACCUCUAGCUAGAAUGGGCAAACCUGAAGACAUUGCUGAUGCCUGUGUGUUUUUAGCCUCCACUAAAAGUUCCUAUGUAACUGGUGCCAGUAUAGAAGUUACAGGUGGCAUGUUAAUGUAGCUGAUAACCAAUCAAGCUCAAACAAUUGUGAUAUUUUGUUGAUAAAAAAUAAAAAUAUGAAUAAGUUU